AUGACGAUGAAACUAGCGACCCCAAGCGAAGCAGAGCCGGCAAAAGCCCCAAGACGAAGCAGACUCCGGCAGCGACCCCAAGAGAAGCAGAGCCGGCAGCGACCCCAAGAGAAGCAGAGUCGGCAGCGACCCCAAGAGAAGCAGAGUCGGCAGCGACCCCAAGAGAAGCAGAGUCGGCAGCGACCCCAAGAGAAGCAGAGCCGGCAGCGGCCCCAAGAGAAGCAGAGUCGGCACCAAGAGAAGCAGAGCCGGCAGCGACCCCAAGAGAAGCAGAGUCGGCAGCGACCCCAAGAGAAGCAGAGCCGGCAGCGACCCCAAGAGCAAGAGAAGCAGAGCCGGCAGCGACCCCAAGAGAAGCAGAGUCGGCAGCGACCCCAAGAGAAGCAGAGCCGGCAGCGACCCCAAGAGAAGCAGAGCCGGCAGCGACCCCAAGAGAAGCAGAGCCGGCAGCGACCCCAAGAGAAGCAGAGUCGGCAGCGGCCCCAAGAGAAGCAGAGUCGGCAGCGGCCCCAAGAGAAGCAGAGUCGGCAGCGACCCCAAGCGAAGCAGAGCCUGCAGCGACCCAAGGCAAAGCAGAGCCCGCAGCAACCCCAGGCGAAGCAGAGCCUUCAGCGACACCAGGUGAAGCAGAACCCUCAGUGA